GUUUUUUCAUUGGCAUAAUAAAUUGUUGAUACCUUAAAGAAAGAAAACCUCAUAAGCCCAGUUCAAUAAGCUAAAGCCCAAACAGAUGACUCAUAUCUUUAUUUUUCAAAUAAUCGAAUUUUAUGGGAAGUUUUUGAAUGGUAUCUGCAGUAGUACCUUCACCAAGAUUUUGUAGUCAAAAACUAGAUUUUGUAUAAUCAAUGUGUUGACUAAUAAUCUCAUAUCUAUGGUUAGAUACUCUUUUUUGAGAAGGUAAAUGCGUUGACUAAUAAUUUGUUGACUAUGAAAAUCUGAAGUCAACAGGUCCACACACCAACCAACGUUGCCAGUUUUUAACUUUGACGGUGGCGCGUGCACAUUACUCUCAUCAUGUAGCGCGUCACAUCAGAUUACAAUUCUACAAAAAGAUAGUCAUAUUUACACCAAAAUGGGGUCAAUAGAUACCACUUGUCCAUUUCUCACCGAAUCAAACCAAAAAACAAAAUUUCUUUCCAAAGAUAUUAAUUUAAAUUAAAAAAUAUUCAAAGUCUAAAUAAAUAAAAUUUACUAUUCAAUGCCAAAAAAAGUUAUAAUUUACUAUCUUACCAUAAACAUGUUCAAAUAAAGUUGAACUAAAUUAUUUACAUUUUAUUAUAUAAACUAGAGAUUAUAUUGCUAGUAAAAGAUAAAUAUAUUUCCAUUGAACCUCUCUCUCUCAAUACGUGCUUCAAUGGAGAAUUCACCAAGAUACAAAGAUGACGCAAAGAACUUGCUUCCUUCACCAAGCAGCUGCACCACUACUCCGACCAGACUCUUUAGAUCCACCAACAUGAUUGACACCACUUUCAUCCGAACCGAUCCUUCUUCCUUCAAACAAGUCGUCCAACUGCUCACCGGAAUCUCCAAGACCCCGCCCCACCAACCCGACCCGAGAUUUUCUUCCUUUCACUCUAUCCCUCCGAUCAAAUCCGUACCCAACAAGAAACAAGCUUCUUCCUUCCGCCUCUACGAACGUCGCGAUUCGAUGAAGCACUAUCUCAAGAUCAACCCGACCAGUUCCGGGUUACCUGAGGUUCCCUCCCCCGGCAUCUUGGAUUUUCCGGCUCUGGCUCUCAGCCCUGACACUCCUCUCAUGUCUGAUCCGUUUCAUCGAUCCGGAUCUCUGAGUCAGACUCAGAGCCCUAGUGAUCCGAAACCAAGCUCCGAUGAUGAAGAAGAGAGAGCGAUCAAGGAGAAAGGGUUCUAUUUGCACCCAUCACCGUCGACAACUCCGAGGGAUACGGAGCCCCGACUUCUCACUCUCUUUCCGAUGACUUCGACUCACUUGCCGCCAUCACCUCAUGAUCAACCCUAGUUUUGCCUUUGUUUUAUUUUGAUGUUGUAAGAUUUUGUAAUGCUUGGUGUGACAACAAUUGAUCAAUGAGAAUUCUUACAAAAGCUUGGACUUUUGCCAUUGGCUAAUGGA